AUGGUAGGGAGCAUGGAAAAGGAGAAUAUAAUAAUAGGGGGGGAUUUUAAUAUAAGAACAGGGGAAUUAGAUAGUAUAGAAUGGGAAGAAGAAGAAAUAACAAGGAGAGAGGAGCUGAGACAAGUGAUAGGAAAAGAGCUGGGAGCCUUGGUAAAGAAGAAGGUGAAAAUCAGAAGAAGAGAGCUAGGAUACAAAGACUGGUGGAAUAGAAGCUGUACAAGAAAGAAGAGGGAAAUGCAGAGAGUCUAUAAGAAAUGGAGAUCAGGAAAAGUAGGCAGAGGAGUAUACAUGGAAGAAAAAAGAAAAUUCAAGGAACUGAAGGAAAAAAGGCAAAAAGAAAGAAGAGAAGAAGAGGAAGCGGAAUUGAGUCUAAAAAGGGAGGCAGAUAUCUGGAAAGUUAUAAACAAAAAAACAGGUAAGAAGAUUUGGAGAGAAAAUAUAGAAAAAGAAGAAUGGAGAAAACACUUCAUGAGCCUAUUAGGUGGUACGGAGGAAAGGACACAGGAAGAGGAAGGAAGAGCGGAAUCGGUGGGAGAGAACAGAGGAGAAGAGCAAGAGAUAGAGGAGUUGAAGGAAGAGGAAAUGAAAGAAGCACUAAAGAAAAUGAAAAACAAGAAGGCAAAAGGCAUAGAUGAAAUACCGGCGGAAACAUGGAAAUAUGCGGGAGGUACAUUGUGGAAUGACAUGGUGGAUCUAAUGAGACAAAUUUGGAAACAAGGGGAAAUACCAGAGGACUGGAAGAAAAGCAUAAUAGUACCGCUAUACAAGAGAGGAGACACGGAAAAGGUAAGAAACUAUAGAGGGAUAUCUUUGCUGUGCACAGCGUAUAAAUGGUACGCGGAGAUCCUGAGAACAAAAUUAGAAAAAGAGGUAAAGAGGAACAACGUAAUACCGGAAACGCAAACAGGAUUCAGAAAAGGCAGAUCGACGAUGGAUAAUACGUAUAUUUAUACUGAAUCAUCUGAUUCAAAGGAGCAAGUUAACAGAAAAGAAGGAGAAGAAAAUAUACGCCCUCUUCGCAGACCUGAGAGCAGCAUUCGACAAGGUAGAUAG